UCGGGCAGCCCCGCACUAACCGGAAACGGACAGGCAAGCGAACCCCUGAGGCCGUGCGCCGGGCCAAAACAGGCCACCGCCGGGUGACAUUGCAACGUCAACUCAUCCGCCAGUGCCAAUACUACGAGAUUUCCCUCGUCGAUAUCAUCCCAUCACUAUCGACGUUCAUCACGAAACUACAUCUACGCGCUUUCGCAUGAUCGGCCCUAUCGCCUGAUACCAAUUUUAGCCCCCCUCGCCCAUGGUCGUUGCCCUUUUCCGCGCCCCAAAGUUCGUAUGACUAGGUACGGGGGAAUGGGGAGGACGCGCCCGAAAAAGCUCACCUCCAAGGCCUCCAUCCCCAUAGUUCGGGAGCACGACAUAGAUCUUAUCGACGAUGAAAUCCAAAAUGCCCUACAACAGAUCGAGACCGGCGUGGAAAAGGCUGAGGAAUCGGAAUUCCAUCUUCAGGUCGCCAUAAAUGCGGCUGCGCAGGGAAAAGUAAAAGAUGCCCAUAUUCCGACGCCGGAAACGGUCCUCAGUAACCUGCGCUAUGAUGAGCUCUACCCGCCUAUCUUCUCGCAACCUGCGACCUACAUUCGCUUCUCUGCUACGGUAGAGGACUGUUGCGGAGCCCCGUAUUGCAUGGAUGAGGAAGACGAUGUCUUCCUCAAGAUCUUCAACCAAAAACGCGAUGCGGGUAGUCGGUGCACCGAGGACCAGUUCGAAGAAGUUAUGAGCUUCUUCGAGCUCACUUCGCGAAAGGAGCAGCCCUAUGCUUUUGUAGAUAAUUCGCCCCUCAUGAGCUUCGAAGAAUUUCAACAGGCGAUGGAUCCAGCUGUAGAGGAGAGUGUAAAGCGGUUCGCCAAGGACAUCUAUGAAUACUGGAAGUCCAGGAGAACCAGCAACGGGAACGAACCCCUACUUCCUACACCGAAGGUUGAGGCUGGUCGAGACACCGAUGAUACAGACCCGUAUGUCUGCUUCCGUAGGCGUGAGGUGCGGCAGACGCGCAAGACCCGUGGCAGGGAUGCGCAGAGUGCCGAUAAGCUGAGGAGACUCAGGAAGGAGCUGGAAGAUGCUCGACAGAUGGUCGCUUUGGUGCGCCAACGCGAGCUAGCGAGGAAGGAGAUGCUGGCCAUCGAACGCCAAGUGUUCUUGCAGAGAUCGGAGGUCAAGGAAAUGAAGAGGAAGCUCAACAUCAAGGACGAUGAUGAGGACCUCAUCAACCAGAAGCCGAAGAAGAAGCCAGUAGAAGCACCAGCUGUGCAACGCCCGGCCGCGCCUCAACUGCGCAUGCCCCCCAAGGCUGGUACACAAGCUGCAGAAGACUUACAGCUGUUGGAGGAUGUUCAGGCAGAGAAGGAGAACGAGAUUCAGCGCGAUAUCAAGCAGAAUAUCGCCAAGCACAUCAAGUGGAACGAGGGCUAUGUGGAUUUCACAAGAGCACCUCUCUCCCCGUCGCCAGAGCGAACAUUCGAUGCUGCUUCUUUCCGCCCUGCAAUCACCACUCAACUGCCCACGCCACCAUCAUCGGAAUCGUCCGAUAAUAUGCUGGAUUCGCCCUUAGAUACCACGAGUGCCAUUGCUCUCCGAGAUAAAUUAGCUCCACAUGCCAUGGAAUUGAGUGUGGACACCAGCAAGAUGCCCUCAUUCAGACGACGUAUCGGGCGUGGCGGUCGUCUGUGGAUCGAUCGUCGAAAUCUGGUGUCCCGUUGUAGAGUCGAAAUGGAUCCGUGGAAGGCCGAUCGGUUCAAGUAUGAUCAGGAGGACUCGGACGAGGAUCUCGAAUUUGAAGGAGAUCAGUACGAUAUCCAGAUCAUGCAGCAUCGGGCGAUCAUGGCAGCCAAAGCCCGAGACCAAGCAGCGGCGGCAGCUCAAGCCCAUGCGCAGGCGCAGGCUCAACAAGCUCAGGCUCAGGCUCAGGCUCAACGGCGAUUGCAGGCCGAGCAGACGUCGGCGACCAAUCCAACAAGUGGAGGGCAAACCAUGGGAUCCAAUCCCGGGCCUGGCGCCAUUGCCUCCACUUCAGAGACCUAAGCUGGGCUUUGUUCUUCUCCCCUCUCUCUUCCCUUCCGAUUAUGUUUUUAAUCUUUCACCCCAUGUUUCGCAUCUGGCCGGCGUUGUUCCUUCGACAUAUUCUCUUACCCUCACCUGUACUUUUACCCCCUGGACGUCCUGAUUCUUUACCCCAUACCCCGAAUUAUUCUUUUUUUCUUUCCCGGAGCGCUGGAAAGCGUUCGAACCUCAGGAUGAUGUUGCCGGAUGAUGCUUUGUUU